GGGGGGGAAUUCCCGGCCAUAGGUAUCCUUUCCAGUUUCCUCUCCUAAGGGGUUUGAAUUGCUUAUAAAUACCGUCUCAGUCUGAGAGCACACAGGACAAGCUCCAUCUCCUGUGGCUUUGCCUUUCUGCACUGCUCCGUGUCAGGCUUGGGCUAGGAACCAUGAAGCUCUUUGUCUACCUCGUGUUGCUCUCUCUUCUAUGUGCAAGUGCUGACAUGUCACCAGUACGAUUUGCCUGGGAUGCGAUGGGAGGGGCAUGGGAUAUGUUAAGAGCAUACAGGGACAUGCGUGAGGCAAAUUAUAUAGGUGCUGACAAGUAUUUCCAUGCUCGCGGGAAUUACGACGCUGCCCAAAGAGGACCUGGCGGUGCUUGGGCAGCUAAAGUGCUGAGCGACGCCCGGGAGCUAUGGCAAAGCGACGUGAGCGGCCGGGGAGCCGAGGACACGCGGGCCGACCAAGAGGCGAACGAGUGGGGCAGAAGCGGCGGGGACCCCAACCGCUACAGGCCCGCCGGCCUCCCCAGCAAAUACUGACGCUGCCCCCCGCGGAGGCCUCCUCUGUUGCUCUGUUGCGCCUCCUCUGUGCAUCCGAAUAAAGAAAUACUCCCGAAAACCGC